CAACAACAACAACAACAACAACAACAACAACAACAACAACAACAACAACAACAACAACAACAACAACAACAACAACAACAACAACAACAACAACAACAACAACAACAACAACAACAACAACAACAACAACAACAACAACAACAACAACAACAACAACAACAACAACAACAACAACAACAACAACAACAACAACAACAACAACAACAACAACAACAACAACAACAACAACAACAACAACAACAACAACAACAACAACAACAACAACAACAACAACAACAACAACAACAACAACAACAACAACAACAACAACAACAACAACAACAACAACAACAACAACAACAACAACAACAACAACAACAACAACAACAACAACAACAACAACAACAACAACAACAACAACAACAACAACAACAACAACAACAACAACAACAACAACAACAACAACAACAACAACAACAACAACAACAACAACAACAACAACAACAACAACAACAACAACAACAACAACAACAACAACAACAACAACAACAACAACAACAACAACAACAACAACAACAACAACAACAACAACAACAACAACAACAACAACAACAACAACAACAACAACAACAACAACAACAACAACAACAACAACAACAACAACAACAACAACAACAACAACAACAACAACAACAACAACAACAACAACAACAACAACAACAACAACAACAACAACAACAACAACAACAACAACAACAACAACAACAACAACAACAACAACAACAACAACAACAACAACAACAACAACAACAACAACAACAACAACAACAACAACAACAACAACAACAACAACAACAACAACAACAACAACAACAACAACAACAACAACAACAACAACAACAACAACAACAACAACAACAACAACAACAACAACAACAACAACAACAACAACAACAACAACAACAACAACAACAACAACAACAACAACAACAACAACAACAACAACAACAACAACAACAACAACAACAACAACAACAACAACAACAACAACAACAACAACAACAACAACAACAACAACAACAACAACAACAACAACAACAACAACAACAACAACAACAACAACAACAACAACAACAACAACAACAACAA